UUGGACAAGUUUUUUGGGGGAGAGGAGACUUUAGAAAACAGCCACACACACGCAUUCAACGGUGGCUUCAUAUGACACGGUGGAGCCCGGCGGAUUUCCAAACACCGCUCUCUUUAACUUUCCUCCAUGAGAGACCGAUAUUUUAAUACAGAUUAAACACCUUUCAUUCUUUUUAAGCAAGGGUUCGAGGGAAUUGCGUGACAUUUGAACUUUGGAUGCGUUCAGGAGCUCGCCCAAGAGCGCAAAAACGUGCCGAGUGCCAUUCAACCGACUGAUGCCCCCCUCUCUGUUUGACUCGCCGUGAAUCAUGUCACGCCGGAAGCAGAAGAGACCCCAGCAUCUCGUUAACGCGGAUCCAGGGGGCCCACGGCUGCUCUCUCACGAUGACCACCUGGGCAUAAAGUCACCUUCUACAUCUCUGGGCUCAGAGGUAACCUCAUCUGGCUCCUCCUCAUCAUCCCCAACCUCUCUCCAAGACUGCCAACCACCUCUGGCACCUCGCCCAUCCCCGGGAGGGCUCCACGCGCCCUCCUUACCAAGCGAGAGUUCACCUCCUCCCCACUGGCCCAGCCACAUCGCCUCUUUCACCACUUCGCUCCCCAACACCCACUCUUCCCUCUCCCCAGACUUUCCGCACCCAUCGCUGUCUUCCCAGACUCACUCGCCCCCUCCCCUGGGCCAAACCUCUGGUUCCCAGGGAAACUCUCACUCCACCAUGACCUCCCCACCAAUGGGCAGCUCGGCCACAACCACUACCUCCUCUUCCUCAUCCUCUUCUUCUCAGUGUGUGCCCACACACCGUGGCAGUUCCAGUCCAGGUCAGCAGCAGGCCUCCAUCUCACCAGGGGAGCAAGGGCAGGUACAGGUGUCUCCUACCCUGGCAGUGCUCUUAGAGGAGCUGAGGGUUUUACAGCAGCGCCAAAUCCACCAGAUGCAGAUAACCGAGGAGAUCUGUAAACAUGUUCUAAGGCUUGGAGGGGCGGUCUUUGGUCAAGAUAAUAAUGCACAGGCCAACAGUGCAGACAACUAUAAGUCUACAGGUGCAGCAUCUUUAUCACCAACACAUCCUUCCACUGCCACUCCAGUUACCACGGCUUCAUCACUUUUGACUGGACUUCCAUCUUCCCUCUUCCCCCAACCAACCAUCUCCAAAUCAGGCACUUCACAUGUAAAUGGAAGUAGAGCUCCAUCCUCCUCUACCUCUUCCUCAUUAUCCUCAUCUUCUUCCACAUCUAUUGCAACUUCUCUCAGCUCAUCUGUUGCCUCCCUCCACCCACUGUCCCUAUCUUUGGGCCUCCCGCCUCGCUACCUCCAUGAGAAAUCUUCCAACACCUCUUCAUUUGGCCAUAGCAAUGGGAUUGGUUUCCCGACCCCUCCCCUUCCUACCACCAGCCAUUCCCAAGACCUCCAGUCCAGCUCCUCUCUAACCUCUGCCUCCUCAUCAGGACGUCAUCAGCACGUCUGCCGCUUUUGUGGGAAGGUGCUAAGCAGUGAUUCAUCACUGCAGAUCCAUCUGAGGUCGCAUACAGGUGAAAGGCCCUAUCAGUGCCCGGUCUGCUUGAGCCGUUUUACAACCAGAGGGAACCUGAAGGCUCAUUUCCUGCGACACAGAGAGCAGAAUCCAGAGCUGUCCCUCUCUCUGCUGCCCCCAGCACUCUCAGAGCAAAUGCAGAGCGGAUCAGCUCCAGGGUCGAUCCAGAGAAGACGAAAACGGAGGGCUGACGAUGACGAGUCAUUUAAUGCAGUGAAAGGAAGUGUUCCUGGGAUGAAUGAGAGCAUGGCUUUAGGAUUCCUGUCUGGUGCGUCUUCUCGGCCCUCACCUUCCUCCUUACCUCUUCCCCCCUCAGUGGACAUGGCACUGCUGUCCACAGCCCAUUCAUUGCUACAGCUAAACAGAGCCUCGGUUGCAGCGGCUGCCAGCGCAUCUAGCACAGCACUGUCAACUUCCUCUUCAUCUUCCUCUUCGUCCAUGAGCAGUCAGUUUAAAGGUGCAAAGCAGCAACGCUUUGAUGAAAACACUCCUCCUCACUCAGCCCUCCAUACAGCCUCCCCAUACUCCCAACUGGCUCACCUGCCUAAAAUUCUCUUUCCCGGAGGUACCUCCCCUCACCACCUUGCACUUCUCCGUCCCCCGGGCCACCCAUCCACCUCCCACCUCACUUCACCUCAUCAGCUGCCUUUCCCCUUCCCACCUUUCCCCAAACCAUCCACCUCCUCUCCCUCCUCAUCAUCUUCCACCACAUCUAUCCAGACCUCAGACACGUCCAAGUUGCAGCGGCUGGUACAAAAGCUUGAAAGGCGGCCACAAGGAGGUGCCUCUUCCUCCUCGUCUGCCUCCACUUCAUCACAAAGCCUUGCUGAAGCCAAUGGGGACACACAGGGCCAUGACCUGACCACCACCUCCAGUGCCUACCGUAGGGAAAUGUUGGCUGCUCUUGGACUAAGCCCUAGUGCUAAUGCUACUGGACUACUGACCAGCCAGGGAGUCUCAGGUUCAGACACUACAACUACCACAACUACCCUUUCUCUGCCCACAGCUCAGGCUGCUAAUCAGUGUACUGUUUGCCUGCGUGUCCUCAGCUGCCCAAGGGCUCUUCGUUUACACCAGGCCACACAUCUGGGAGAGCGUCCAUUCCCUUGCAAGCUUUGUGGCCGUUCGUUCUCCACAAAGGGCAGCCUCAGGGCCCACCUGGCCACUCAUCGUGCUAGACCACCCAAUGCCCGUGCCCUGAACUCCUGCCCUCUGUGCCCGCGCAAGUUCACCAACGCAUUGGUUCUUCAGCAUCACAUCCGCUUGCAUCUGGGAGGGCAGAUACCACCCGACGAAGACAUGCAACCUGAAGAUGGUGCAGAAACAGCAAGUGUUGCCUUUGAUAAUGGGGUGAAUGAAUCCAGUAGUUCCCCAUCUAAAGCACCUCAACUCCUUCCUCUGGCCCUGACAACUGGCUCUAAGUCUCCCAUUGAUGCUCUCAACUCAGGGUCUACAUCUAAGAAAUCCACCACUAAUGAUGACACUUCUGUGAAAAUGGAAGAAUCUGAGGGCUCAACACCGAGUGUUAGUCCACCUCUGACCCAUAAUCCCUCCUCAGCAGGAGCAGAGGACCCCCUGCGUCUAGCUGACAACGCCCCAGCUGAUGGUAGCCCAGUGAAUCCCUCCGCAUACUCUGAGGAGGAGACCCACACUGACCUGAGCAGCACUAGCCCUUUCAAAGCACCCUUAGCUGGUUCUCAUUCAGCCGCAGAGAAUGGAGAUUCAGAGGCCGAUGACACCCCUCUUUCACUCUGUGUUUCAAAGCCUGCUGUUGAAAAUGACAAGCUGCAAACUGGGGUUAACAAAGAUGAAAUCUGCUCCGCAGAUGAACCCACUACAAGUCCCAGUUCAAACCCAAAAAAUGCAAAUCCCGUACCUGAACUAACCCCUCCUGUCAGCCCAAAAGUAGAAGCAGAAGAGGUCAGUGGCGGCGGACCAAAUGAGUCACAGGAGAGCAACGCUGCCCACAGAAAAGGGAAGCGUGAAAGCGCCACACCUAGGGAGUCUUUGCUACCGUUGGAUUCAGAAAUGGAGAAAGACACUGUAAUGGAGGAGGGCUAUGAUGUAGCAGAAAGGCCGUCAGAGGACUCUGAGCCCUCUACUGCAGCCCCAGCAGCACAUACCCAGCCUCCUCGCCCAGACAAGCCCUACAGCUGCUCCCACUGUGGAAAGGCAUAUGCCAGUCGAAGCGGACUGAAGGGCCAUAUGAAAACACACCCUGGAGUGAUGUCUAACACCCCCUCUAAGGCGCUAACCAGUGAUGCUGCAGAGGAUCGUAGUUCAGCCAAAAAGGAUGGACAACAAGAUGAAAAGCAAGGAUUGGCUAAGUCCCCUGAGAAAGGUGAUGGCGCGGAUCCUCUACCAAUCAGCGUCAGUUCUGAUACAGCUGGCAAGGCCACGGACACUACGGCAUAGGAAGUUAGCAUUGUUGAACGGCUGCGGUCAUUUUUUAAACGGUCCUGACAAGGGAAUGUAUUUUUAUUAUAGAAUUUGUUUUCUAGCAUUACUAAUUCACAUCUACCUUUUGAAUUAGACAGAUAGAACUAGUUUAUAUUGUAGUACAAUUAAAAAAAAAAAAGUGAAUGUAGUAUUUUAGCUAUGUAUUUUUGUAUUUCAAAGACCACGGUGAGGCCUUAUCUUACACACACUUACUUGCAGCAUUACCAUGAUGAGAAUCGUUUGUGCCUUUUUUGCUGACACCUAUUUCGGCACAUACUGUGCGAUAUUAAACAAGCGGUAUAAGCUGAUUUAAAAGAAACAAACAAACAAAAAAAAAACAAAAAAAAAAACAAGAGGAGCAUCCUUAAUAGUACAAAAUGAACUCCAUACCAAAACAGGCCAAAUUAGUAAUGGCCAUUGUCUGUAUAUAUGAGCUGCAGUUACUUUUUAUGCCUUUUUAUUGAUACUUUCUUCUUUCCUUUUGUUUUUAAUGUGAUGCUGCUGAAUGCAUGUUUCUAAUGUGCUGAGUUGUACUGUGAGUUGCACUGUGCCCUGUGCUGCCCGAAAACAUCUACUGAAACAAACACGUGCUAGCAAAUUGAUUGUUUUUACUGUGACGCCGUUGAUAAUAAUAAUGACGACGACUGUGCUAGAUUAUCAGUACUUUUUGUGAACAGGCCUUUACGUAGAGCUGUAAACCUUGCCAGCAGCACAUGACCUUAUUGACGAUUGUCCUUUUUUCUUGUUGUUCAUCUGCAUCCUUAAACCUUCGACGACGAUGAGCCCCGUCCGUUAUGUCCCUCCCCACCUCCCGCUCUCUCAAAGCACUUGAGAGCGUUCUACACAAAUUGUCUGCACUCGCUGCAUUCCUGCUUAGAUCAGUUUAGUUUUUGUAUGCUUUGCUUCCCCUGUGUACCCCUCCUCCCCCCACCACCUUUUUUUUUGGUAGCAAUGACAAAAUAUGUUCCCAUGUGAUGUGUAAAAGAUUAAUAAAAAAAAUGGCAAUGUAAA